GUUAAUUGUGGAUUUCACAAUCAUGUUAUUCCAACGAGCUUAGUGGGGCACACAUUUGCUGGUAAAUUGACAAAGCAAGAGAUUUCUUUGGUGAGAGACUUAUCCGAGGCGGGAUGCAAGCCUAAGCCAAUUCUCCAAAGUUUAAAAAUUGCGAACUCUGAAAAUGUUACAUCCAGAAAGCAGGUGUACAACGCAAGACGCAAGCUUAAGAAGGAAUGGAUGGAUGCAACAAUUAAUUCAUUUGAUUUCAAAGUAUGAUUACUUUGAGGCCAAUAGAUUAGUGCCAGGGAGUGAAGAUUUACAUGACAUGAUAUUCGCGCAUCGAGAUUCACUAAAAUUAUUGCGACUUUUUCCUUAUGUUCUCAUCAUGGACACAACAUACAAGACAAACAGGUACAAGAUGUCUUUUCUGGAAAUAGUGGAAUUCACAAGUACGUUGAAGACAUUCUCUGUUGCAUUUGCGUGGAUGGGAGCUGAAAGCGCAGAGCACUACAUUUGAGUUUUAAAUGAGUUAAAGCUAAUAUGUCCUUGUUCCCCAUUAGCGAUUGUGACUGACCGAGAGUUAGGUUUAAUAAAAGCACUCAGUGAAGUCUUCCGAGAAUCUAAACAUAUAUUGUGCAUGGUACAUGUCAAGCGUAACAUAGAAGAUAAAGCUUUAAAAUUGAGCAAUAUGAAGACGAUCCAACUAUCCUUUUCAAAAGGAUGCAUGAAGCUAUUUAGUUCAACCAUUGUCGAUCAAUAUGAGGAGCAAUUAAAAUAUAUGAGAUCGAAAUGGAAGAACAAUUGGGGCCUUAUGAGGUAUCUUACUGAAUAUUGGUUGGACCCGUACAAAGAUCGUUUAGUUAGCGUGUGGACGGACCAUGUCACACAUUUUGGCACAAGGACUACUAACAGGGUGGAAUCUGCACAUGCAACGUUAAAGCUACAAUUAGGCUCAUCCAUUAAGGGGUUUGACAAUGUUUUUGUUGAGAUAAAUAACUUGCUGAAUGAUCAAUUGGAUGAAGUGAGGCGAUCUUUAGAAUUGUCAUGUUGCACCAUUCCAAUGGUAUUGGAUAAGAUUCCAAUACUUAGCCAGCUUCAACACAUGGUGUCAAAUGAGUGCAUGAAUAAGUUAAUAAGGAUGCAUGAUGAGGUCAUAGCAUGAAAUUACGAUCCAAUAUGCAAUGACUAUUGGUGGAGGGAAUGUUAUGGUUUACCAUGUCCACACGAGCUAGCAACUUGUAUUCACGAUAAUCGUCCACUACAUCCAUCAAUGGUACAUGAAUUUUGGAGAAGAGUUGAAUGGCAUGUAAAUAAGGAACAAGACAAUGACAAGGCCGAUGAUAUAAGUGUUGAUGAUGUGGUCCUAAAAACCAUAGUUGAUGAGUUUCAAUCAGGCCGUAUGUCAGCACAAGAAAAAAAAGACUUAUUGCAAAAUGGAAUGAGAUGAGGAAUCCAAAACUUAAUGUUAUGAAAGAGCCACCGAUUCAUGAAACGAAGGGAAGGCCCAAAAAAAAUCAACCACUCGAGACCCAAGUGCAUGGGAGUACAUUGAGAAAAAAUACAAAAAAUCCAAGGGUACAAUAUCACAUCAUGGGUCUCGUGGAUGUGGCAAGGAUAUUAAAAGGAAAUCUCACACACGUCAAAAUCGAAUGCAAUUUAAUUUCAGUAAUGAUGUUGAGACAUUCAUGCUUAAGCAUAUUAGUAAAGUUGUGGACGUUAUUGGAGAUGGACAUUGCGGAUAUCGCUCAUUUGCAGAGCUUUUAGGAUGGGGAGAAAAAGAAUGGGUUAGAGUUCGAAGGGAGUUAGUGGAAGAACUCGAUCGUCAUCGUGAGCUAUAUAAUCCUAUAUGCCUUCUUGACACUAUUGAUGAAUUGCGGGAGCAAAUAGACUACUACAUCAGUCCCGCACCACCCAAGUAUUGGAUACACAUGUCGCACACAGGGUUGAUCUUUGCAACGUUAUACCAGGUUAUUUUAGUGCAUUUUGACCUCCACGAACCAGCCACUUGUUUGCCCAUGAUCGCUCCCCGUGUAGUAGUCCUCCGAAGACAACUGUUUGCAUUGCUUGGCUUGAUUCCCAACAGCACUACAUAGAUGUUUGGCUUGACGACAAUGCUCCGUUGCCACCAGUCAUUACGACAUGGUCUUACUAUCAGGACGCUAGUGUUACAGGAUGGGAUACUCCACUUCUUCAUCGAAUUAAACAAUUUAUAGAAUGUCGUAAUGUUGUAAGAGACCAUGUUCCAAUUGUAUUGGAUGAUUGAUAUAAACCUUAUAUAUUAUAAAAACACAAAUGUUUUGUUUUUUACUUUGCACAAUUCUAUAUUAGAUUUUUUUGGGAG